CUCCCGCCAUUGGCUGCCUUUAAUGGCCGCUCCUCCUCCAGACCACACACCAUUGGCUCCGGGGGGCUUCGCGGAGCAGCCGGGAAGUUGUAGUUCUUUCCAGCGGACGCACAUCUGUAGAGCUUAUUAUCGACUAAUGUGAAUUAAACUACACGUCCCGACGUCACGGUACGGGCUCCCGGUAAUUGUUGUUGAAUAUGUAAUUGCGCCCCGUACGACUGGUUGCUUCUAAAUUUGGCGUCGCAGGGGCAGCGCUGCUCCAGUCGGUGAGGUUGGUUCGCCCGGUCGGUGCCGCGCAAGGAUGCGAACGGAGGCGAGUAGGAAAUAAAGCGAUAAACGAAGAGAGAGAGGUGGGGGGGACGCAGUAGAGAAGCUCAGCGUCGGUGGACAAAGCAGGGUCAUGAGUGCAGAAAAAGAAAAGUUGAUGCUUUGUGGGGAAAAUCUGAGAAAAUUAAGGAUUCGUUGUUAAUUUCAGAGGGAGAUUAAGAUUUGUGCGCACAGAAUAAGGUGAUUUAUUUUUUAUUUUUUGGGGGGAGAAGGCUGAUAACUUUCAUCAUCACCCUGAAUGGACUUUUGAAUUACUAUCUUUGACCAGCCAAAGGUCCGAGGAUGUGUCCAGUUUUUACGGAACCUGCAGGCAGCCUGCAAACCGGCCACUGACUGACCCCUUUUUUCUUUUUUACGCACGGGUGGAAGAGAUCGCUCCUCGUUCGUUUUGUUUUCCUGCUCGUGUGGAUGAACUUUACAAUACAUUUUUAAUGAUUCGAGAUCUGAGCAAGAUGUACCCCCCGGCACGGCAUCCGGUCCCCCACCAGCCGGGGCAGCCGUUCAAGUUCACUGUCACCGAGUCCUGCGACCGGAUCAAGGAGGAGUUCCAGUUCCUGCAAGCCCAGUAUCACAGUCUGAAGUUGGAAUGUGAGAAACUGGCCAGUGAGAAAACGGAGAUGCAGAGACACUAUGUGAUGUACUACGAAAUGUCAUACGGACUGAACAUCGAGAUGCACAAGCAGGCGGAGAUCGUCAAGCGGCUGAACGCAAUCUGCGCCCAAGUCAUCCCCUUCCUCUCUCAAGAGCAUCAGCAGCAGGUGGUGCAGGCAGUGGAGAGGGCCAAGCAGGUCACCAUGGCUGAACUCAACGCCAUCAUAGGACAGCAGCAGCUCCAAGCUCAGCACCUCUCCCACGGCCACGCCAUCCCCGUCCCGCUCACCCCUCAUCCAGCCGGCCUCCAGCCCCCUCUGCCCCCCGGGGCCAGCACUGCCAGCCUGCUGGCUCUGUCCUCCGCCCUGAGUCACCAGCUGCCGCUCAAAGACGAGAGGAAACACCACGACAACAACAACAGCGAACACGCGAGAGACAGAGACUCAGUCAAGAGCUCAUCUGUGUCUCCAUCGGCCAGUUUCCGGACUGGAGAGAAGCACCGGAGUUCGAGCGAUUACUCCUCCGACAGCAAGAAACAGAAGACGGAUGAUAAGGAGUUGACCUCCACACGCUAUGAAAGUGAUGGAGAGAAGAGUGAUGACAACCUGGUUGUUGAUGUCUCCAAUGAGGAUCCAGCGUCUCCUCGAGGAAGUCCCGCCCACUCGCCUCGGGAGAACGGGUUGGACAAGAGUCGCCUGCUGAAGAAAGAUGCGCCCCUGAGUCCUUCCUCCAUCGCCUCCUCCAGCAGCACACCUUCAUCCAAGUCCAAAGAGAUUAAUUUGAAUGAAAAGUCCACAACUCCUGUGUCCAAGUCCAGCACCCCGACGUCUCGCUCUGAAGCCCCGACACCCAGCAGCACCACCACCCCGGGCCUGAGGUCUGCACCCAGUAAACCGACAGGAGUGGAGACGCUGGCUCCUGGUCUUCGCACACCGCUGGCAGUGCCCUGCUCAUACCCGGGUCCAUUCGGGAUGGUUCCUCACCCGGGUAUAAACGGGGAGCUCGGUGGAGCCGGAGCAGCCUACAGCGGCCUCCAUAACAUCUCCCCACAGAUGAGCGCAGUCGCUGCUGCUGCUGUGGCGGCUUACGGACGCACACAAGUGGUGGGAUUUGAUCCUCACCACCACAUACGUGUCCCCGGCCUCCCUCCCAACCUGUCGGGCAUUCCUGGUGGAAAACCAGCCUACUCCUUUCAUGUGAGCGCCGACGGUCAGAUGCAGCCCGUGCCUUUUCCUCCGGACGCGCUGAUUGGCCCCGGCAUCCCGCGCCACGCUCGGCAAAUCAAUACUCUGAGCCACGGGGAGGUGGUGUGCGCUGUUACCAUCAGUAACCCGACGCGUCAUGUCUACACCGGCGGCAAGGGCUGUGUCAAGGUGUGGGACAUCAGUCACCCGGGCAACAAGACCCCCGUAUCCCAGCUGGACUGCCUUAACAGAGAUAACUACAUCCGUUCCUGUCGGCUACUCCCGGAUGGACGGACUCUCAUUGUCGGAGGCGAGGCGAGUACUUUGUCCAUCUGGGAUUUGGCGACACCGACUCCUCGGAUCAAAGCCGAACUAACUUCAUCAGCGCCUGCUUGUUACGCUCUAGCCAUCAGCCCCGACUCCAAAGUCUGCUUCUCCUGCUGCUCCGACGGAAACAUAGCCGUGUGGGAUCUCCACAACCAGACUCUGGUCAGGCAGUUCCAGGGCCACACUGACGGAGCCAGCUGUAUAGACAUCUCUAAUGACGGGACCAAGCUGUGGACUGGAGGUCUAGAUAACACCGUCCGCUCCUGGGACCUGAGGGAGGGACGACAACUCCAACAGCACGACUUCACCUCCCAGAUCUUCUCACUGGGAUACUGUCCAACAGGCGAGUGGCUCGCAGUAGGGAUGGAGAACAGUAAUGUGGAGGUUCUGCAUGUCACCAAACCUGACAAGUACCAGCUCCACCUGCACGAAAGCUGCGUGCUGUCGCUCAGAUUCGCUCACUGUGGGAAGUGGUUUGUGAGCACAGGAAAAGACAAUCUGCUGAAUGCAUGGAGAACCCCGUAUGGAGCGAGCAUUUUCCAGUCAAAGGAGUCGUCCUCAGUGCUGAGCUGCGACAUCUCCAUAGACGAUAAGUACAUUGUGACAGGCUCAGGAGAUAAGAAAGCAACUGUCUACGAGGUCAUCUACUAGAAGAGCUUUGGUCAUUAAGCUGCAAGGCCAUCCUUCCAUCCAGGUCUGACGUCUCCAUCACCUAUGUCCAAUUUUGAACGUGUAUAAAAAUCGAUUUGAAUGGAACAAACCAAACACUCUCUUGGACCGUGACCUUUCUUUGACCUACCCAGCUGGUCGUGGAACAAGUGGAACUAAGCACAGAGAUUUUUUUUGUUCUUUUAUUUUUAAGUGGCUUUUUUGUUAUUGUGAGGAUGAAUGAAUGUCCAUGUGCACUGAAUCUCAAGCGAAUGCUGCUGUCUGGAUAACAUUCCUUCAUGUAAAAAUCGUUUGCAAGCCUCUGAUAUAUUUGCUUUUAUGCAACGUGAUGGUGCACAUUGGAUAAAAGUACAAUAUUGUACUUUGUGUGGACCUGAAAGCCUAAAAAGUGUUUGAACUAGCUGACAGAUCAGGGUUUAAUCAUUCUUGGACGACUCCUGAAUGUCCCUGUAGAGAACUGCACAGAAUAUAUAAAAAUGAUGCCGUUAACUAAGUGUUAAUAUACAGAUCACAGCAGAAAAAGUGGCAGCAGUUUCCUCUUUAAACUUUUUGCCAUUUUUGUUUCGACUGCUGAUUUCUGAGCUGUUAAUUGCAACUUGCAGACAUCUUGCAUUGAUUUGUGAAAAUACAGGAUACACAGCAGUAGCAAUUAUGCACAUAUGAAUGUUUUUUUAAGCAAAUGUGUCAGAGGUUUCAUUCAUGAACAAAACUGAAGUGUUUUUUUAAUGAGUUCAUUCUUAAUUUGCCUUGUCUUUACAUGCAGUAUAUUCCUCAUACCACAUGUUCCUUUUUUAAACUAUUAAGGCAUUUUGUUUGUUUGCUUGUUUUGGAAUAUUUGUCUCAAAAAGCCUUCCAUCAAAAAUUAAUUGAAUUACUGAUGCAUGCUGAGUGGAGCUUUAUGUAGAACCCAUCCAGAAAGGGUUGCUUAAUAUCCUCCAAGGACUGACAAACAGAGGCUGAAUGAUUAACAGCACAGUCCAAUUGUCCUUCAAGCAAUAGACUGGAAUAGUUUGUUAGGAAACAUGCUUCUUUUUUUACAGGGAGAAUAACCAUCAAUAACACUCGUUUCUAAGUGCUAAAUAAGAGGUUGGAGGCAGGAUGCAAUUAGAUUAGCUUAGCAUUAAGGCCGGUCACAGAGGUUGCUCUGUCCAGAAAUAAAGCAUGCCUACGAGACGAUUGUUGUCCCGGCGAGGUUACCAGGCAACCGGAGAAACUCUGGGAAGUCUCAAGUAGAACCACAACUUGUCACAGUGUCACAGAUUAAUCAAACAAGCUUAUUAAAUAGUUAACUAUGUAAGUGCUGUGAUGCAGAUAGAGGCUGACAGUUUCUCUCUGUUUCCAAUCUUUAUGCUAAACUAGGCUAACCAGCUGCUGCCUUUAGUUUCAUAUUUAACGGAGUGUGGUAUGAUCUUCUAAGGUAUAGUUCUGUAGGAAAGCCAAAAAAGGAUAUUUCAAACCAUUUCUUCAAAUGCAGCUUGUGCUCAUUACCUCCAACAUUUUUCUACCUGUGUUCCUUAAAUUAUUUUAUUAGUUUUUGUCAUUUUCUCGUGUAAUUCAACUUCUGUGUGAGCUCAGUGUGCAAAUGUGUGUGUGUGUAUGUUUGGACCCUGUCUGCACUGAACAAACUAACCAGUUUCUCCUCGGUGCCCUCACUACUGACUGACCUUUGCACUUGGUUCUGUCCCUCAGUUUGGACUCCUCUGGAUGCUCGCUGGAUUCUGUCUGACAGAUUUCAGCAGAACUGAUUUAUCUGUGUUUGGAGGUCACCCACCCCUCAAUUUCCUGCUUGGAUUUUCUGUUAAGACUUUCGGGCAUUUAUCUGAAAAACAAGUGGACAGUGAUAUGGCCAUGAUUUCUCUCGGAUUUACUUCUGUUGGCUUGUAGAAAUAACACAGUGCCUUUAUGCCGCUACGCUUCUGGCCCCAUUUUGUCAUGCUGAGUGUUCGACGACACGCAGAGCUGAAAUGUGACAGACUCCGCUACUGGAGAGAUUUUUAAAAUUUGCUGUUUUUGAGUGUACAUCUUCCAACAUGUAAGGGUGAAUUUAUAAAAAUAAAAAAAACUCGGCAAAGAAAGAAAAGGUAACCCCAGGUUAACCAUUUUAGUGUCCACUUUGAAAUGAUCAGGACCAAAUUUCUCAUUAUUCUGACUGCUUUGCUGGAUGCAUGCAUGUUAAAUAUACAGUUUCUUGCAGUUUUAGUUGGAUUUUUUCAGACAUGGUGAAGUCAAUCACAAGUGAAAGACUUGUUAUUCUUUUUAAAUAGACUUUUGCAGUAUGUUUUUUUUGCUUUGUAACAUUGUUCUUGUUGCUGCUACAACUGUCCUGCAUAAUUCACACCCUUAUUACACUAAUCUACACAAAGACAUUCACGUACAAAAACAGUGUACCGAUAGAAAUAGUAGACUUAUGCUUCUCCUAGACAAUAACCCUAUCAAUACAUGUCCAAAUUUGAUGUCAAAUAUCACUAAUUGUACCUUGAACAACAAAUUUAAAGGUGUUCACUACACUUAACCAUGAAGCGGCUAAUUUUUUGAACAGUAAUCAUUUUUAAUUGUGUGCCUAAACCAAAACUCUUCAUUUAGCCACUAUCAAUAAUUCCUGUUUGUUUAAACUUCUUUCAGACCAGAUUUGCAACUUAAAAUUUUAAUUCUAGGCCUAUUAAGUCCAAAAAAUGAUAUUCAGACGGCAGAAUAAGAAAGAAAAGCAUCUACCUCCAAACAAUGUGAAGGUUGAUGUAGCGCCUAGGCACGAAACUGAACCUCAUGGACAUGUUACUGUCAUAUUACCAGAUGGAAUCACCUUUUUCCAUUAGAAAUAGAUGUGAUGUAGCCCAUGUCAAAGACUCCUCUUUUUUUUUUUACUUUCUUUCAUAGUAGCCCUGUCUCGCAGUGAUGCCUAUUGUAAAAAUAACCAAAUUGACAAACCAAAAACUCAGUUAAACCAUGUAUCUCCUUGGUUUAGUUUUCAAACUGGUAAAGAGAGAAGUGCUCAUGCUCUGCAUUAACCUGCCUGGGAUCUACCCUCCUGUCUUAUGUUUCUGUAAGGUCUUAAUACUUAAAUAUAGAUCUAAAGAACUGGUAGAAAAAAGCUCAGCUUUUCAGAGCCUGGGAAAGUCUCCUGCAAGUAUUAACUCAUCUCAAAGUUUUUCUCAAAGUGCCUCCUUAAGCUCUUUGCAGAAAAUCAAUAUACAUCAAAUCUGUUAAGUCUUGAUACCAUCUUGCACUGGAACGAAAGGUGUUUUUUUUUAAAGGAGAAGAAAGCUAAGUAAUGGUGUUUUUAAAAUUUUCUUUGCAGUAUUUGGCGUUUUUGGGGAAUGUAACGAGACGGAGCUUUCAGGUUGAUGACUAGAGAUGUUUCUGUAAAUCUACGACACACUAUAUACAAGCAUGUAUGUGAUAGUUGAACAAAGUGUCGUGAAAACUGCACUGGUGUGAAGGCAAAUGGAAGUUUUAUGGUGUCGUCACCUCUGCAGGAGAAAAGCUCUACCGGGUUGAGACCAUAUGAAACAUAAUUUAGUGUUGUUACAGAUAUUUUUGUGAUUUAUUUUUUUUUCCUGACAGCCACACACAGAGACAUUGUACAUUCUGAAGGACGGGUCUUAAUAGUAGUUUGUUUUUUCACAGUGUUUGCCUUAUCUUGUGUUUAUUUCUCUCUCUCUCUCUCUCUAAAUCUGAAACAUUUCUGUUUGCUGCAGUCAGAUAUGCUUUCAAAUUAACACGACAAUUCAUUCACUCUGCUGUGCUUUCUGCUCUGGCAUGAGUCUCAACAAUCUGGUGGCACCUUCUUGAACUGUAUCUACUCUGCAAUCUUCAUCUGGAAAAAUAGGAAACCACAACUGGCGCUCAUGUCGAAUCUGAAUGUUACUCGUCUCAUCUGAUUGCUACAAGUUAGGUGGCUAACAUGACCUGACGCAGAAAUGAUGUUACGUACAACACCGAUGUGUAGAGCAUUUAGCUUGACUGAGCUCAUGAAGGUAUUAUAACUUCACUGUAAACAUGUAAUUAUUCGAGCUUACAGCAGAAAGAAACCUGUUGCUAGUUGAGCUUUUUCAUUCAAUACAAAAUGCCUUUGCGCUCUUUUUUCUAGUCUGUGGUUGAUUUUAUUAAAUUAUUGUGUGGAAGUA